CAUUACAGUAGCUUCUGUUUUCAAUAGGAAAAAAUGCAUUACUGUCAGUCCUCCAACGAUUCGUUUUCAGAACAGGCUGCUGCGUUCCGGGGUAAAAAAGAAAAAGACGCCCCCCCCACCUCCUUCUGGUCCAAUAUAUAGGAAAUAUGGCCUGAAACGGCAGGAACCUCGGCAGAACAGGGUCGGAUUUUUCUUUUUCUUUAUCACCCCUCCAUGGGGUGGAGCCCAGGUGUGUGUGGGGGGCCGGGGGGUUCUUCCCUCUGUGAUUUCAAUAAAGUACGUCUAGAAAAAUCCAUGGUGACAGGGAGCUCUCUCGGGAGUGUAGUGGGACUGGGGUGGGAGGGAAGGUCAAGAGGGGGGGACCUGGAUUUAAAUGCAGGGGACACCGCUUCUGAGCACAAGCAGCCUGCAAGGGUGCAAGGGACUGAGGGAGAGCAGCCCCCCAGGCAGGCUGUUCCAGAGCUGAGACACUGGGAACUGGGACUCCGGGAUUUGGGGCACAAGCUGCAGCGGGAAGCGUGGCGGCCGGCCGGUCGGAGGCGCCUCCCUCCCCGGCGGCCCCGGGCACCGCGCGGCGCGGCCCCCGGCUGCAGCUCUGGGCUGGGAUUGGAGUUGCGGAAGGUAGGCGAAGAACUCCGCGAGCGGCGCACACGCCAGUAGAAGCCGUGCGCCUGUGACGUCAGGGGGCGACUGACCAAUGGGGAGGCGCUGCCCUUUGGAGACAAACCAUUCGACUCGUGGCGUCUGCAUCAAGUCUGAAAGCAGACGCGCAACUUUCGCAGAAUCCACCUUAAAAUCUCUGCCUUAAACUGCACCAGCCCCCAAAAAAUCCAAGGGGGGAAAGCGGGGGGGAGAGAGCAGAUUCCCCCCUCCCCCUCUCCUCUCCCAUCCCUCCCCCUUCCUCCUCCCUUUGAGUUAACAAGGCCCCGCUCACUAUAUCUCUUUAUAUUAAAAAUAUAUAUAUUAGAGAAGAGCGAGGGAGAGGGAGAACCACCUCCGCCCCCUCUUUUAAAAAUUAAAAAAAAAAUUUUUUUUUGCAAGGAUCCAAAGAGCUAAGGUGGCUGCAGAGGGGAGAGCGGCUCGAGCCAAGUGGGGGAGGGUGGAGGAAACCCGGGAGAAGGCUUUCUCCAGCCCCCAAAGUUUUGAUGAUGACCAUGACUACGAUGGCUGACGGCUUGGAAGGCCAGGACUCGUCCAAAUCCGCCUUCAUGGAGUUCGGGCAGCAGCAACAGCAGCAACAGCAGCAGCAGCAGCAGCAGCAGCAGCCGCCGCCGCCGCCGCCGCCGCCGCCGCAGCCGCACUCGCAGCAGAGCUCCCCGGCCAUGGCAGGCGCGCACUACCCUCUGCACUGCCUGCACUCCGCGGCGGCGGCGGCGGCGGCCGGCUCGCACCACCACCACCACCACCAGCACCACCACCACGGCUCGCCCUACGCGUCGGGCGGAGGCAACUCCUACAACCACCGCUCGCUCGCCGCCUACCCCUACAUGAGCCACUCGCAGCACAGCCCUUACCUCCAGUCCUACCACAACAGCAGCGCGGCCGCCCAGACGCGAGGGGACGACACAGAUCAACAAAAAACUACAGUGAUUGAAAACGGGGAAAUCAGGUUCAAUGGAAAAGGGAAAAAGAUUCGGAAGCCUCGGACCAUUUAUUCCAGCCUGCAGCUCCAGGCUUUAAACCAUCGCUUUCAGCAGACUCAAUACCUGGCCCUUCCCGAGAGAGCCGAACUGGCAGCUUCCUUAGGACUGACACAAACACAGGUGAAGAUAUGGUUUCAGAACAAACGCUCUAAGUUUAAGAAACUGCUGAAGCAGGGCAGUAACCCUCAUGAGAGUGACCCCCUCCCAGGCUCCGCAGCCCUGUCGCCUCGCUCCCCGGCGCUGCCUCCAGUGUGGGACGUUUCCGCCUCAGCCAAGGGCGUCAGUAUGCCCCCCAACAGCUACAUGCCUGGCUAUUCGCACUGGUACUCCUCUCCACACCAGGACACGAUGCAGAGACCACAGAUGAUGUGAGUUGUCCAAGGGAACACCCUAGGGAAACGUCUGAAUAGGCAAGAAGGAUCUGGGACCUGCUUGCAUCUGCCAAACCGAGCCGGAGGAGCAGGCUCGAGAGAACUCGUAUGUGUGGCUAGAAGCCGGCGGGGUACUCGUUUCUCCCCCCCUUUCUCUCUGUCUUCCCUCCCCUGCCCUUGCCCUCUCUCCCUCCAUUCUUUUCACCCCUUCUUCCCUCU